AUGUACCUGACUAAGUUGAGCAGUCGCGCGAAAGCCAUGGUUGUGCUUCUGUUCUUCGGGUUUGGCUUGUGGCUUCUCAUCAUCCCAUUCAGGGCGAAGCCGCAGAAAGACUGCGAGCCGCCUGAUCUCAGCGUCGUCUCUGGCUACUAUGGUCCAGGCUCUCUUCUCGCUUGGCUGGUGGCAAUUCUAUCGUCUGUGCUCUCCCACGAGUUCUCGGUUGGGUCGUCUUGGGCGGAAGCCUUCCACAUCUCUCCGCGUCUCGCAGCCGCCAUCAGAGAAGACGAGCACCCCCUCGAGGGCAUCGAUGGCGCGCAGCUGACAGCCGCGGCAUAUUCGAUGGGUGCAAUCCUCGAUCUUGCCUUCCGCUCAAUUGCUGGAAAGAACGACGCCCAGAACGCAGCUUCAUACACGAUUACCUGGCUGUCGCUGUUCUUCUUCGCCUGUUGCAACGCUACGGAACGGAGACAGAAUCAGCGCCGGUCCCGCGUGUCCCGCUUUUGGUAUAGAUUCUGGAGAAUGAAUUGGCUCUUCGCAGCUGUAGCGCACUCGAUUCAAAGCCUGAUGACCAUGUCGAGGGAUGCUGAUACCACUGGACUCUGGUUCAUUGCAGGAGGGCUGUCUCUGUUGUACGUCAUCAGCCUUCUCAUCACCGUGCAGCCUUGGGAUCUAGCUUGGGUGGAAGAACCCGAGGACCCGACCACCCGAACACGCGAUAUCCAUGGGGCUGAGUUGAUGUGUUCUGUGCUCUUGAUGGCGAUAGACGUGCGGCGAAGGAGCACACCGUGGAACUUCCAGUUGCGAUGUGGUGUUGUUGCGGCGCCAUGGAGUCUCACCAAGGCCAAGUUGACUGAUAUGGACCAGAUGGCGGCGUUUUGUGUGGCCGUUGGAGCGACGGUGCUUCCCUGGGUGGUCACAACGUUGAAGAAAUACCGAUCUGGCCGGUAG